UAAGAACCAUGGCGAGGGUGCUUGCAAAGCACUACAUCCAUCGUCACAGCUCACUCUAGUCUAGUAUCUCUCAGCAAGCAAGCAAUCUACGACCAUGAAAUUUACGAUAGCAAUCAUUUUGCUUGGUGCCCUGCUCGAGUCAGUGGCUGCCUGCAGCAUUGCUUCGUGCUCCCUGACGGGUACGCUGACGGGGACAGCCGGAUGCACGAACUACCAGACCUAUAUCACUUGUCUGGGCACCCAAAAGAACAGCUGUGGCACCAGUGCACUAGAUAUAGCUGCUAAGGGAAUCAUCGACACCGCCAUCAACAGCAACACACUUUUAAGGACAGCUUUGGGCUGCAGUGGUGCCAGCCUCACAACCAUCUCCAGCAUGGCUCUCAUCCUGUCCGUUGUUGUAACACUGAUGAAAACUCACUUUUAAUCCGAAAGGCUGGUUUAAGAACAACUCAGGGCCUAUUUUCCUCAGUGUUUUAUCGCCUUGCAUCGUAAAACUUUUGCUUACGUUUUUGUCCCCUAAAAUGAUCGAAUAAUUUGGAUGUGUACAUGUAUGAAUGUUCACUUGAUAAUAUUGUGCAAAAUUUAUUUCAAAUGUGAUGAGUUCUUAGGUAGUAAGUGUUGUUUUCGUUGUAUGUUAGACUGCUGAAAUAUUCUAUGCAUACCAUCUUCUUUGUCCAUGUGUUGGCCAAGUAGGUACACGAGGUUUGCUUCCUGACAUGUAGGUCAUAAAUAGCACUUUUGGGAUGCCGAUUGCUGCAACAUUUUCUUAGUGUAAAACCAUACUCGAGGGAUGACGUGUUCGUUUGUUGUCUUUUUUUCUGAUAAAAAUGAUUAUUUUACCAA